ACAAUGAACACAGGAACUUCCGGUUACUCCGGAAGUGGAGGCUUCGCACGCUCCUAAGCUCCUCCUUAGGCGGCGAGCCAGGGUGAAGGGAUGGCCGGGCGGGCGGCGCGGCUAGUGCUGCUGGCUGGGGCAGCCGCGCUAGCGAGCGGCUCCCAGGGUGACCGCGAGCCGGUGUACCGCGACUGCGUGCUCAGGUGCGACGAGCGGAACUGCUCGGGGGGCGCACUGAAGCACUUCCGCUCCAGCCAGCCAAUCUACAUGAGUCUAGCAGGCUGGACCUGUCAGGACGACUGUAAGUAUGAGUGUAUGUGGGUCACUGUUGGCCUCUACCUCCAGGAGGGUCACAAAGUGCCUCAGUUCCAUGGCAAGUGGCCCUUUUUCCGGUUCCUGUUCUUCCAAGAGCCGGCUUCAGCCGUGGCCUCUUUCCUCAAUGGCCUGGCCAGCCUGGUGAUGCUCUGCCGCUACCGCACCUCCGUGCCGGUCUCCUCCCCAAUGUAUCACACCUGCGUGGCCUUCGCCUGGGUGUCCCUCAAUGCUUGGUUCUGGUCCACAGUCUUCCACACCAAGGACACUGACCUCACAGAGAAAAUGGACUACUUCUGUGCCUCCACCGUCAUCCUACACUCGAUCUAUUUGUGCUGUGUCAGGACUGUGGGGCUGCAGCGACCGGCCGUGGCCAGCGCCUUCCGGGCCCUCCUGCUGCUGCUCCUGACUGCACACAUCUCCUACCUGAGCCUCGUCCACUUCGACUAUGGCUACAACCUGGCAGCCAACGUGGCAAUUGGCCUGGUGAACUUGGUGUGGUGGCUGGCCUGGUGCCUGCGGAACCAGCGACGCCUGCCGCAUGUGCGCAAGUGUGUGGCAGUGGUCUUGCUGCUGCAGGGGCUGUCCCUGCUGGAGCUGCUCGACUUCCCGCCUUUCUUCUGGGUCCUGGAUGCCCACGCCAUCUGGCACAUCAGCACCAUCCCCGUCCACAUCCUCUUUUUCAGCUUUCUGGAAGAUGACAGCCUGUACCUGCUGAAGGAAUCAGAGGCCAAGUUCAAGCUGGACUGAAGACUCUGGAAGUGGGGCUGCCCCAUUGGGGAUCCUGCCCCCUCCCUGCUGGUUCCCCUUCUCCCCUCAACCCUUGCGAUGAUUUAUUUCUCCUUUUAGCUUCUUGAACUUGGACAUGAGGGAUGUGGGCUCAGAAUCAUGGAGCCAGCCCAUCUCCCUGCUGGCCCUCACAGGUCUUGGAACCUGUUCUGGGGAUGGCCUCUCACCAUCUGGGACUAUAGAAUGGGCAGCCCCUGUGGUUCCUGGAGCUGAACUGGGGUGGAACUGAGUGUGUUCCUAGUUUCCUCCCCACCAGCCUCCUCUCCACAUCCCCCCACCCCACCCCACCCAGCUGGGUCCCAGAGCUCUCUGUCAACCUGGGAGACCAGGAACCAUAGGCCUUUGGGGAUACUGUGGGGUUCCCUAUGGUUACGCUCCUACCCUCCUCCAGGGCACCGCUAGGUGGCACUGGAGGCUUGUUCUUUGGCUACCCAAGCUUUAAGGCCAUUCUCAUGCUCCCCCAUGGGAUCUUGAGGGACCAAACCAUUGACUGGGACUGGGGAGGGUUUUCACCCUGACUGUGGCCCCGCUCAGACUCCCAGGAGGCCUCAGCACACUCCCCUUCAGGUCCAGGACCUGAGAGCCCAGGACAAGAACCCUGUGCUGCUGUUCCGGUGGGGAUCCUGCCCACAAGUGUGUAGGGGAGUGUGGGCCAGACCCAGUGCGUAGGUGACCAGGCAGUGAGCUCGGGCCUGGGCGUGCAGUGUGGAUAGUGGCGUGUGUGAGUGUGUGUGCUUUUUUUAUUUUUUAUUUUUGGCGCCUGGCUGGUACAGGGAUCCAAACCCUUACCUUGGUGUUCUCAGCACCAUGCUCCAACCAAGUGAGCUAACCGGACAGCCCCUGUGUGGUUUUAAAGUGUGUUCAGGGGGCAAGUGGGCUAGCGUGAGUUGGGAAUAUGCAUAGUGUGCGCAUGCUUGUGGGUGCGUGUCUGAGAUGUGUGUGAAUGCAGGUGAGUGUGCCAUGCAGUGCCACACAGUGCAGGGAGGCCUGAGCAGGAUGAGGGAAUCAUGUCACCAUCAACAAUCACUUAUCGAGCACCAGCUCUGCCCAAGGCUCCAGCCAGGCAGACAUCCAGGACACCCCUGUGAUCUGGCGGGGGGCCUGGGCUGCAUGUGUGUGUAUGUGUUUCUGUCUGUGCCCCUCUGCCUUCCCCUCCAAACCUCACAGGGCCCCCACACAACAGCACCCUCUAGAACCAGUCCCUUGGGGGCAGAGGAAGGAAGGAAAAUGGGGAUCCCCAGGGCCCUCUCCAGCCUCCCUGCCUCCUUGCCUAGGUAUGCUUGCCAAACCCCCCCACCCCCCGCCCCAGUUCCCUGCUUCUAGCCCCUUUUCCUCAGCCUGGGAAGGGGUCAGGGCAAUCUGUGGGAGGAUGAGGGGAGAAAGCUUGUGGCUGGGUCUGGUUUGUGCCCUCCCCAGAGGGGCUCACUGUUCCAGGGUGGCCCCAGGGCAGGCAGGGGCCACAGCAGCCCUGGCACAUUCCUGUCCCCACAAGGACAGAUGUGGAGCUCCAGAAAGUUUCCAUCCCCAAGGCAGUCUCUGAAGCAAGGAGACUGGAGUUGUGCUGUGUCCCUGCCCUCUUGUCCCUCCUUGGGGGGAGGGGAGCUAUGCUAGGACUCCAGCCUCAGGGACUUGGGGGGGGGCCUACAUUGGAUUCUUUUGAUACCAAGAACCAUUUUAAGGCAGGAGGGUAGCA